UGGAAAACCGGAAUAUUAUCCGAUAUCUUUCAGUCCAAAGGGAAGCCCAAACAUUGCAGAAAAUAGCCAUUUUUGUAUUAAAACUCGGGAAUUAGGUGCCAAAUAAAAGCGCAGGAGGAAAACAUGGCCAACGUGGAGUCAAUGAUUGUGGAGGAGAAGACGCAGGUCAAGCAGAUUGACCGCGAGAAGACCUGCCCUCUGCUGCUCCGAGUGUUCUGCUCCACGGGUCGCCACCACUCCGUGCAGGAGUACACGUUCGGCAACGUGCCCACCAACGAGCUGCAGAUCUACACCUGGCAGGACGCCACCCUCCACGAACUGACCUCCCUGGUGAGGGACGUGAAUCCGGACACCCGCAAGAAGGGCACCUACUUCGACUUUGCGGUCGUCUUUCCCAACUUCCGGAACAAUCACUUCCAGAUGCGCGAAAUCGGAGUGACCUGCACGGGCCAAAAAGGCAUCGACGACAACAAGACGCUCGCCCAGGCGAAAUUCUGCAUCGGGGACUUCCUGGACAUCUCGAUAACGCCGCCCAACCGACUGCCACCCACCGCCAGGCGCCAGCGACCCUACUGAUGAUUACAUUUCAAUCUAUUCUAAUCGUAUUUAAUCUUUCACUUGACACUCAAUGGAGUAUGGACAUAAUUAUAAGUGGAAUACACACAAGUAAGACGACCUA